GAAUCAACGUUUGACACAGUUUCCUGGAUAAGUACAUUUUAAUAGAAAAAAUACAAAAGUUGUAGCUUUUUCUUGACAAAAAGCAAAAAAAAGUUGGACCUUUUAAUUCCUACCACUAAUGAAAUUAGUACGACUCUUUCGUUCUUAGUUUACUGUUUCAAGCUCUUUUAACACAAAACAAAUUAUUAGUUUAGUAGUACAAAGUCCGUUUUGUUAAAAAAAAGUCCAACUUCAUCAUCCAAUAGAGAGAGAGAUCAUUUUUGAAGGUUCAUCAGAUCUUCUCAAUGGAAACAGCAAAGCGUAGAACGAUUUCCUCCAUCGUCUCCAAGCUCAGCUCCGUCUCCGAACAAACCAGAGCCGCCGCUUUAGCUGAGCUCAGACUCAUCUCUAAACAAGAUCCUGAUAGCCGCCUUAUCAUCGCCGACGCCGGAGCAAUCCCGUACCUCGCCGAGACUCUCUACUCUUCGUCUCACUCUUCUCAAGAGAACGCCGCCGCGACUCUCUUCAACCUCUCCAUCACCUCUCGCGAACCACUAAUGUCCUCACGCGGUUUGCUCGACGCGCUUUCUCACGCGCUUCGUCAUCACGACACCACCACCUCCCCCGCCGCGGUUCAGUCCUCCGCCGCCACGAUUUACAGCCUCCUGAUAGCCGAGGAGUCUUACCGUCCUAUCAUCGGAUCCAAGCGCGAUAUCAUCUUCUCUCUUAUUCACAUCAUCAGAUAUCCAAAUUCGCAUCCCCGGUCGAUCAAAGACUCCCUCAAGGCACUCUUCGCCAUCGCUCUCUAUCCGAUGAACCGAUCCACGAUGAUCUCUCUCGGCGCGAUUCCGGCUCUCUUCUCGCUGAUCGUGAAGGAUUCGCGGUGCGGGGUCGUGGAAGACGCGACGGCGGUUAUGGCGCAAGUCGCGGGGUGCGAAGAGAGUGAAGACGGGAUGAGGAGGGUUUCAGGAGCCAACGUGCUCGCGGAUCUGCUAGAUCCUUGCACUGGUUCGUCCCUGCGGAUCAAGGAGAACGCCGUUGGUGCUCUUUUGAAUCUGGCGAGAUGCGGAGGGGAUGAAGCGAGGUCGGAAGUUGCGGCGGCGGUUGCGUCUGGCGCGGAUGAAGGAGCCACGGAAGGGAUCGUAUACGUAGCUGAGAACGGUAGUGUGAAAGGAAGGAAGAAGGCGGUUGAUCUGUUAAAGCUCGUUAAUGGCGGCGAUUCACGUUUUGACUAUCUGAUCAAUGAAGAAAAUCCAAAUAGCAGAAGCAUCUGAUUUUAGUCUUACUAAAUUUAUCCAUUCAUUGAUUCAAACACUUUCUACAUUAUCUUUAUAUAUAUAUAUUUGUAUGUCAUUACUGUACACUUUGAACAUAUUUUGUUUUCGUAAAAUUGAAUCAUCAAUCAAAUACAUUUUGAUU